CAUUGACCCMUGCUCCCCUCGUACUGAUGUAUUCGUGAGAACCUGUUAUAGAGAAACACAUCCCAUCCAAGAUGGCGGCUUCUGGAGGAAGUUYAACAACAACUCGAGCUUUUGCUCAAAAACUCAACAAAAACCAGGCCGCUGCAGAAGUUCGUCGUAAUGUUUCUUCAGUCGUUAUACAAUCAAAUAAAAGAUCUUCAAAUGGUUCUUCAUUUAUGUAUCUUGCUUCGGGGACGGUACCAUUGACAGAGGUGGUUGAUCCUUUAGACUUUGAAGACUUCAUUCUCCAGAGCCAACCCCUCAAUGACAAGGAACCAGACAGUGGUAUGCUAGAGUUCCCAGAUGAUGAUAUAGAGGUGACAACCAUUCCAAGAUACUGUAGAACUGUUCAACCUACAAUUCCUAAGGAUAUUGGACAUGACAGUGAUCCCCACCUUAAGGACUGCAUUCACUCAUACACAGCAGAUUGGUCCAUUGUUAAUAGAAGGUAUCAGUUCAGAUGUUCUGAGGAAGGAAAACCUGAUUCCCGCCGGCAAAUUUCUCACUCCAGAAGUUUUGUUGAGACCUUGCCUAAAAAUCUUUAUGAGAUAGACGAGAAAAAUAGAAUCAAGGACCAGGAUAAAGAUGAUGCAGACAUAAGUGCUGAUGAAGAUACCAAGCCACAAGAUGAUUUACCCAAGGGUAGCUGGGCAUCAAGUAUCUUUGAUCUACAGUCUUCCCAACCAGAUGAACUAUUUCCAACCCUUCUAGAGAGAAUACCAACAGAAGAAGUUGAUAAUCACAACCACCAUCAGCGUACCAUAAAUCGUAUUCAUUCUUCUUUCUCAGUAUUUCCAGUUCAACAGGAAGAAGGAAUAGAGCGUAGAGUACCAGCUACAAUUCCUCAAGAACACUUUGGGCAGAGAGUUUUGGUCAAGUGUCUGCAAAUGAAAUUGGAACUUGAAGUAGAGCCUAUUUUUGCAAGCAUGGCUUUGUAUGAUCUUCGCGUUAAGAAAAAGAUAUCAGAGAAUUUCUACUUUGACAUGAAUCCAGAGUGGUGUCGUAAGCUGCUAAAAGAAACAACCCCUAGGAUCGAUAUCUCGACCCUCAGCCGAUCAGCCAUCUUCUCCAUCACAUACCCAUCAACUGACGUGUUUCUGGUCAUUAAACUAGAGAAGAUCUUACAACAAGGAGAUAUCAGUGAUAUCGCUGAGCCAUACAUGAAGGACACAGAUAAUCAAAAGCAACGGGAUAAAGUGCGUAAUUCAGUUAUAAACAGCGCUGAGAGGCUUGGGAAGUAUCGUAUGCCCUUUGCGUGGACUGCUAUCCAUUUGAUUGACAUCAUUAGUGGAGCUGCRAGCACAGACGCUAGUGUGAGUACUGAAAGAGAUUCUGGGUCUGCUGGGACUCCUGGACGAAAGGUAAAUACCAGUUUAGACUCCCCAGCCGUUAACAAACCUGGAAAACGAGGAGAUAGUUUCCCAAGAUACAUCAGCAUGGCAGAUCAAAGAAAAUCCUUUCAUGGACCCUAUUUGGGAGAAGGAUCAGACUUUGAGCUAUUACCAGACCUCACAAAGUUUAGACCAGUCACCCUCACUGUCAGUAGCUUCUUUAAACAGGAGUCUGAUAAACUCAAGGAUGAAGACCUGUACAAGUUCCUAGCAGAUAUAAAGCGUCCCUCAUCUGUUCUUAAGCGGUUGAAGUGCAUCCCAGGUACUUUAAAACUGGAUAUAUCACCCCCUGGAGAUUCACCACCAUAUUGUUUGACCCCAGAGCUGCAGCAAGUGUAUCCUUACCCUGACGGCCAAGGAAGACCAACAAAAGAAGUUGAGGAAUUUGCUCCAAAAGAAGUCUAUUCUCCUUUUCUUACCUACCAGAAUAUUCUUUACAUUUAUCCUCAAUCUGUAAACUUCUCGAGUCGAGGCGGCUCUGCUAGGAACAUUGCCAUCAAGAUACAGUUUAUGGCAAGUGAGGAUGUGCACUCUGCUGUAGAGUGUAUUUUUGGAAAGUCAAGUUGCCCAGCACUGUCUUCAGAAGCCUGGAUGCCAGUUACAUAUCAUAACAAAUCACCAGACUUCUAUGAAGAGAUUAAAGUCAAGAUUCCACCUCACUUGACAGAUCAGCACCAUAUUCUCUUCUCAUUUUAUCACAUAAGUUGUUCUCCAGGGAAGAAACCAGAGGAGAARGAUACAGUGGAAAUACCUAUUGGUUAUACGUGGAUUCCUGCACUAAAGGAUGGUCGCCUGUCGCUUGGUGAAUUUCAUCUGCCUGUCUCACUUGAGAAGCCUCCACAAGGCUACAGCAUGUUGUCUACUGAGGUUCAACUGCCAGGGAUAAAGUGGGUUGAGGGACACAAAGGGGUGUUUCACGUGACUGUCAGGGCUGUGUCAUCCAUUCAUACACAGGACCAACACAUUCAUAAGUUCCUCAAGAUGUGUCAUCACAUCGAAGGACGCUUACAGUCCCCAUCACGCAGUACCGAGGGAAACCUAGAGAUGGUGUUACGCAAAAGUAUACUAGACCUACCCAAAGCACGCGAAGAAGCUCUUGUUAGAUUCCUGCAUAUCAUACUGGACAAGCUGAUCUUGCUUCUUGUCCGCCCACCCAUCAUAUCAGGAAUAGUAGUUAAUAUUGGUCAGGCAGCAUUCGAAUCUCUGGCCCAGAUUGUUUUUCAAUUACACAAGUUACUAGAGAACAGCCAAGAUGAGCAUAACAGGAACCACAUACUGGCAUCGUAUGUUACGUAUCACUUCUCUGCUCCUUACACACCAUCUCCUUCUUCCAGUCCUAUUUGUUCAGGAAGUGAAAGCAACCGUCCAGUCAGCAUGGCCAUUGGUUCUACUCUAACAGCUCCAAUGCAAUCCAAGUCCAACCUAAGUAGCAGUAAUCCUCAACUGAAUGCCAGCAGCCAAUCAGAUGGACAAACCACAAAAGGCUCUGGAUGGGACAGUGAGAAGACUAAGGAGGGCUCAGAGAUAUCCAACACGGCUGGUAAUAGGAAUAGCAUGGCGGAGACGCGCAUUGGAGCGAUCAAUAUACCUGGACUCUCCACCGGUAGUAACAAAAAGUCCGUUCACGAGGAACUGGCCUUGCAGUGGGCUGUUGCGAGUGGUCCAGUACGAGAUAAGGCGAUGAAACAUGCUUGGUUCUUCUUCGAGCUCAUGGUGAAAAGCAUGGCACAACAUCUCGACAAAACCGAUCGUUUCUUCGUGAGUCGCAAGACUAGAUUCCCUGAUCAGUUUCUUGACGAUGUACGAGCUCUUGUCGCUACCACCAUAUCUGAGAUUGUGAGCAAAAACAAGGACUUCAACUUAGUUCAAGAUUUGAACUCCAGUCUUGGCUUCUUCCUGUACGACCUCCUAUCUUUGGUGGACCGUGGCGUUGUCUUCUAUCUGAUUAAGAAUUACUGUAAAGAGAUGAUAUAUCAAAGUGGAUUUUAUCCAAGCCUCGCGCAACUUCGCCUCGAACUACUGCGCAUCGUCUGCAGUCACGAACAUUACGUCACCCUCAACCUACCCUUCCCAACCAAGUUGUAUCCUUCAGAGUCUUCAUCUCCAACAACAUCGUUAUCCUCUCUCAGCUCUGCUUCGGGUGAUACCCUUACUCCUGCAAACAGUAUGGCUGAGUUAUCUUUGGCUUUCAGGAGACAGCAUUACCUUGUUGGUCUUCUGUUGGCAGAGCUUGCCUUGGCGCUCGAUGGAAGUGACUAUGGUCUCCAGUGUCAAGCGAUUGACUGCAUUAAAGACCUGCUCUCCUGUCACGACACAGACACCCGUUAUGACAACCCUGUGUGUCGUAGUCGCGUGGCAGACCUCUACCUUCCUCUGCUGGGGAUAGUUAUCGAUGCCCUUCCACAGCUUCAUGGGUACCGAGCCGACGAACCUGAAGGCCUCAGCCCCGAAGUUGCAAUGGCAAUAUCCACUUCUAGUAUAUCGACACGAUACGAUACACGACCUGAACUUGCCUCACAGCUGUCUAAACCACAACAGCUUACACAAGAAGCUACUCGAAGUCUUCUUAUGGGAUUCCUGUGGGUUUUGAAAAACAUGGACCCAGGUACGCUCAUGCUUUGGUGGUCAGAUCAGGAACCACCGCGACUUGGUCUACUGCUUGACGUUCUUCAUCUGUGCAUUACUCAAUUCGAGUACAGCGGAAGGAAGGAGACCCGACAGAAGAGCAGCGCCACCGUACCUCGAAGCAGGACAAUAGAUGAUAAGAGGAAACUAGAAGAAAUGCUACGUGGGCAGGCUGGAGCUGCACAUGAAAUGAUGCAAAGGCAUUCUCGCAAUCAGAACACUUCACAAGGUUCUGAGCCUAAACUACGAUGGCGUAAAGACAAGACACAGUGGAGAAAAGCAAUCGAUAUUCAAGAUAAAGCCUGUCCUGAGGUUGCUGUCGCAGCGCAGAUCGAAGGCGCGUUAUGCGCAGAAGUCAACAUCAUUGUUUUGGACACUUUAGAGCUGAUUGUACAGACGGUGUUCUCGUCAGACUCCCUUCGUGUUAUUCUAAGUGGAGUCCUACGUGUUUUGCUUCAUUGCUUGAACAGCAACCAAAGUGUAGAGGCCCUACAGAACAUCUUCAACACCCAACGCUCUCUGGUAGCAAAGUCCCCAGAGCUUUUGUUUGAAGAAGAUACAGAAUUAUGCGCAGAUCUCUGCUCUCGACUGUUGAAUCACUGUAGCUCGUCUAUUGGCACGAUUCGAUCUCAGGCCAGUGCAUCUCUGUAUCUGUUGAUGAGGCAGAACUUUGAAUCCAAUAGAGGCGAGGUAAGGUUUUUCAUUCCCUCCCUCCCUCCCUCCCUCCCUCCCUCCCAGGCCUUUAGUGAAGAAUAUCUACGAAGAUCGCUCAAGACGAUCAUUACUUAUGCGGAGUCUGACUAUGAACUCAAGAAUACCACAUUCCCUGAACAGGUUCGUGAACUUGUUUUCAAUCUACACAUGAUUCUCACCGAUACUGUCAAGAUGAAGGAAUUUCAGGAGGAUCCUGAGAUGCUAAUUGAUCUGAUGUAUAGAAUAGCUAAAGGCUAUCAGAAUUCUCCAGACCUUAGACUGACCUGGCUCAACAACAUGGCAUCCAAACACACCGAGCUAAACAACAAAGUGGAAGCCGCGUUAUGUGUGGUCCACGCAGCUGCUCUCGUAGCUGAGUAUCACAGCAUGAUAGAAGACAAGCGUUACCUACCCGUGGGAUGUGUUGCAUUUGAGAAAAUCUCUCCUAAUGUAUUGGAGGAAAGUGCUGUGUCUGACGAUGUGGUAUCUCCGGACGAAGAAGGCAUCUGUACAGGGAAAUUCUUCAGUGAGAAUGGUCUCGUUGGUCUCCUUAAAACCGCUGCCAGUACCUUCUUGAGCGCGCAGAUGUUCGAGUGUGUAAACGAGGUGUAUAAACUUCUCAUUCCCAUCUUGGAGGCACGCAGAGAUUAUAAAGAACUUGCUAAUUCCCACGACAAGCUCAGUAAGGCGUUCAGUGAUAUCAUACGAACGGAAGGAAAGCGUAUGAUGGGUACGUACUUCCGUGUUGGAUUCUACGGCCCGAAAUUCGGCGAUCUCGACGGCGAAGAGUAUAUUUACAAAGAGCCAGCCAUCACGAAGCUUCCUGAGAUAUCCCACAGACUACAAGGUUUCUAUGGCGAGAAGUUCGGCCCUGAAAAUUUCGAGGUCAUCAAAGAUUCUGAAAUAGUAGAUCGACAGACUCUGGAUCCCAACAAAGCCUACAUCCAACUGACUUAUGUCGAGCCAUACUUUGAUGAAUACGAGAUGAAAGACCGGAUAACGUACUUUGACAAGAACUAUAAUCUACGUCGAUUUAUGUACGUGACGCCUUUCACACCUGGUGGCAAGAAACGAGGUGAUCUCGCUGAUCAGUACAAGCGCAAGACCACCCUCACUGUUGCGAACUCUUUUCCGUAUGUUAAGACUAGAAUCAGCGUCAUUCAUCGAGAACAGAUUGUGCUGAAACCUAUCGAAGUUGCUAUCGAAGACAUGCAGAACCGAAGCAACGAGCUGGUAAAUGCUAUCAAACAAGACCCACCUGAUGCUAAGAUGCUACAGAUGGUGUUACAAGGUUCUAUUGGAACCACUGUCAACCAGGGACCUUUGGAGAUUGCAAAUGUCUUCUUGGACGCGGAUAGCAAUGGAGAUGAAGACCCUGAUAGCUCGUCACACAACUAUAGCCGACAUCACCACAAGCUUAGACUUGCGUUUAAAGAGUUUAUGAAAAGGUGUGGUGACGCACUUCACCUAAAUAAGCAGUUAAUAAAACCUGACCAGAAAGCCUACCAGAAAGAGCUGGAGAGGAAUUACCAUAAACUAAUGAACCAACUGGAGCCAUUCUUGAAAAAUAAAUUUGGUUCACUGCGUGGAUCUAUUAGGAAAAAGGAAGGUUCUGCUCUUCUAAGAAAAAUUUCAAUGAGCUUCAAUGCACAAUACAGUACAGCAUAAAAGACGAAUGGAUGUCAAUUAUCUAUGGAUAAUUCCUUAGCAAAGUCAAAAGUUUUUGACGUAAAGCAUCAUAGAAAACCUUUUUAUUUCGAUGACUGACAAACCCAGAGUGCAUUGCGCUUCGUGGCAAAACUACGUGUGACGUAGAAAAAAACAAAGAUUAUUCGCGAUCCAUGGAAAAAGUUGCAAGAAAAGAUCAGAUGAAUAAGAGAUUCGUUAUACAAGGGCUUUGAAAUAAGACGGUUAUUUUGUUCAACUUCAGUUUCAAACAUUUUGAAACUAUCAAAAUUAUUGACAAAAUUUAAUUAAAGUAGGUAGUAAGUUAGUGUAUUAUAAUAUAUUUGCUUUCACUGAGUUAUUUUAAUAGCUUUAUUAAAUAAAUGUUUAUAGGUGUGCGUAAAAUCAAUCAAAAACUAAAAUAUUUUCAUUUUUUGGUGCAUAGUAAAAAACGUUAAUCAGAAGUACUAUAAGGCGAAUUUUUUUGGAUUUUCACCGAGUCCCACCUGAGUCUUCAAUCUCACCCAUAACUCGAGCGGACUGUCUUGGAUAUUCAGUGCUGUAUAUCAAACUUUUGACGUCUAAUAAAGGCAUUACAUCAGUAACUCUAUGAAGAAAAUUAGAAGCCAAUAGUUUGAAAGGCUUGGUGGGAAGGGCACUAACCUGAAUAUCAGGCCUGUGGAGGGGUUGGUGGGCCUGGUACUCGGGUUAAAAGCGCAUAUAAAAAGAGGUACAAUUUUUUUCUCGAGUUUGUUCGAUAACGUGGACUAGAUAUUGCUUUAUUUGAGUGAGCUUUUAUAUCACAUUGAUAUAUCAAUAUGUUGUAGAAUAUAUUUUGAUUUUUUUGAUAGUCAAGUCUUCGAUUGCACGUUACUUCAUCGCGGCCAUGUUGGUACCAUUUAACAAACGAUUUCUCAUUAGCAUCCAUUGUUAACGGUACCACAAUGGCCGCCAUGUUUUUGUCUUUUAACUCUCUUGGGAAUGCUUGCAACCCACCAAUUAAUGACACUGCUCUUUUGAAGAAUAAAACUGUUGAGGGAAGCUAGAAACAAUCUACUAGGAUCUGUUAUUAAGAAUAUCAAUAAAAAUAAAUUAAAAAUUCUUAUUGAAGAA